UUUCUUUAAUUAGCUGUCAUAAAGUAUGGUAGGUAAAUGUCUCGUGGUAAAAAAGGGAAAAUUUACGUUUGAAAUAGAAAAAGUAUGCAAUUAAGUAAACACGCGAAAAUAGGAGUUGGUUGGGCAGUUUGUACAGUAGUUGGAAUUUAUUCGUUUUAUUUAUCAAAAACUACUAUCGACAAGAGACGUUAUGAUAGUAUGAAAGUAAGAGAACGUAUGAGAGAAUCAAAUAGUGAACUAGAAAUUGAAAUGAUGGCUGAUAUGUACAAUCGUCUAACAGCAGCAUGUCACAAAAAAUGUAUUCCUCCAGUUUACAAUGAUGCCGAAAUUGCCAAAGGGGAAGCAGUUUGUAUCGAUAGAUGUGUUGCUAAAUUCCUUGAUAUUCAUGAAAGAAUAGGCAAAAAAUUGGGACAAUUAUCAAUGCAGGAUGAAGCACUAUUAAAGAAUGCACCAAAAUGA